CGCCGCCUGGCCGCCGCCCCGGGAGCGGGCGCCCCUCGGAGGCGCGGCUGAUCCGGAGCCCUGCCACAGAGCGCGCCUGCCGCCCCGUCCUGCCCAGCCAUGCUGGCCUGUCUGCAGAGGACCCAGAACCCCGCGGGCCAGCACCUGACGUGCCCGAGCAAGAGCCUGGAGCUGCGCAAGUGCGAGGCCGCGGUGAGCUCCAUGCAUUCCUCCCGCUACCCGAGCCCAGCCGAGCUGGACGCCUACGCCGAGAAGGUGGCCAACAGCCCGCUGUCCAUCAAGAUCUUCCCCAGCAACAUCCGGGUGCCCCAGCACAAGCACCUGGGCCGCACGGUCAACGGCUACGACACCAGCGGGCAGCGCUACAGCCCCUACCCCGCGCACGCGGCCGGCUACCAGGGCCUGCUGGCCAUCGUCAAGGCCGCCGUCUCCUCGUCCGCCUCCUCCUCCGCCUCCUCUUCCUCCUCCGGCUCGGGGGUGGCCGCGCCGGCCGGGCCGGCCAAAAGCGUGCUCAAGAACGCCGAGGGCAAGAGGACCAAGCUGUCCCCCGCCGCCGUGCAGGUGGGCGUGGCGCCCUACCCGGCACCCAGCGCCCUGGCGCCCUUGGCCUACCCCAAGCCCCCCGAGGCGCCCGCCCCACCGCCCGGCCUGCCCACGGCGGCCACGGCCACCGCCGCCGCCGUCAUCCCCCUGGCCGGCCGCGGCCUGCCCCUGCCGCCCUCCAACCUGCCGUCCAUCCACAGCAUCCUGUACCAGCUCAACCAGCAGUGCCAGGCCCCGGGGGCCGCCGCCUGCCAGGGCGUGGCCGUGCCCCACCCCAGCCCGGCCAAGCACGGCCCGGUGCCCAGCUUCCCCAGCAUGGCCUACGCGGCGGGGACCGGCCUCGCCGACUGCCGCAAGGGCCCGGAGCUGGGCCAGGCCAGCGCGCCGGCCUUGACGUUGGCUGCGGCCAAGCCCGCCGGCUACGCGGACGGGGGCCUGGACUACCUGCUGUGGCCGCAGAAGCCGCCGCCGCCGCCCCCCCAGCCGCUGCGGGCCUACGGCGGUGGGGCCGCGGGGGCCACCAAGUCCCCCGAGGCCGGCGGCGGGGGCCGGGGGUACGAGCGGCCGGCGGCGGGGUCGCCGCUCCCCUGCGGCGUGGGGCUGCCCGCCGGCUUCGCGGUGGGCCAGUACUUCGCCACCCCCUGGAACAGCGCGCUGGUGACCCCCACCAGUGACUGCUACCACCCGGCGGCGGCCGCCGUGGCCGGGGGCGAGCUGGGGGCGGCCCGAGAGCUGGCGGGGCCCCCCGCCGAUGCCCUGGCCGGGCUGCCCAGCAAGAGUGUGUGCAACACGUCGGCACUGAGCAGCAGCCUGCAGUCGCUCGAGUAUCUCAUCAACGACAUCCGGCCGCCCUGCAUCAAGGAGCAGAUGCUGGGCAAGGGCUACGAGACGGUGGCCGUGCCCCGCCUGCUUGACCACCAGCACGCCCACAUCCGCCUGCCCGUCUACAGAUAAGGCCGCCGGU